AUGCGUAGGAUGUUCACACCAAGAGUACAGACACCCGCAACUUUCGACAGCUUCAACUCUACUGCUCAGAACUUGAUGUGUCGCAUGCAUGGCAAAUCUCUCCCAGUGAAGUCAUAUUGGCCGGGGAGAACGUGCGACUGUGAACCCAACAGUUGGGGAGGUUCUGGCUACGAAGCCUUGAAGCGAAAGCUCGGCGGCUUUGUUGCACAAAAGCCGCUUCCAACCCAUCGUCGCCCCAACACCCACGUUCUCGCACUACCUCACCGUCCUGCAGUAGGAGUUUUCGCUUAUGUUGUCAUUCGUGACGGCGGAGAUCUCGCUUGUCGUCGUGCUACUCACGAACUUGGGGAGAAUGGAUUCUUCGUCAAUGUAUGCCUCUACCCUGCGACCGCAAGCGCCCACUGUCAAUCCCUUUGCCCACAACCAUUCAGGAGUAUCAACGAAGCAUCCAAAACAAAGCUUCCCGUCCUGCUUCCCAUUUGCUUCCAACCAAUCGUCGUCCCAACGCCCACGUUCUCGCACUGCCUCACCAUCACGGCGGAGAUCUGGCUUGUGGUCGUAACCUCGGAGUACUGUUCUUUGGGACGUCCUACUCGCGGACGGUACGUGAGCGGCCACAAAUUCUGUAAAGUCGUAGAAGACUUACCAAAUAUCCAAGCAGCCGUAGAUGUGUCGUCCGUCGCCUACCAGUCAAUCACCAUCGCCUGA